CCCAAGCCAAACAAAGCCACCAAACAACUGAAGAACCCAACCAUAAAAGGUGAGACGAAUUAAACCCAAAGGUACUCUACAUAAACCGCCCAAGGGGGGAGAGAGAGAGAGAAAGCAGCUAAGCUAGCAGGUGAGAGGAGGCAAAGCACAUGGAGCCUCACAUGGAGAGCGCGCUGCGGCAGGGGCUGUCGGAACAGGAGCAGCGCGAGCUGGAGGGCGUGGUGCGCGCGCACCACGCGUUCCCGGGGCGCACGCCGGGGACGUGCACGUCGCUGGUGACACAGCGCGUGGACGCGCCGCUCGCCGCCGUGUGGCCCAUCGUGCGCGGCUUCGCCAACCCGCAGCGCUACAAGCACUUCAUCAAGUCCUGCGACCUCAAGGCGGGGGACGGCGCCACCGUCGGCAGCGUCCGCGAGGUCACCGUCGUCUCCGGCCUCCCGGCCUCCACCAGCACCGAGCGCCUCGAGAUCCUCGACGACGACCGCCACAUCCUCAGCUUCCGCGUCGUCGGCGGCGACCACCGCCUCCGCAACUACCGCUCCGUCACCUCCGUCAUCGAGUUCCCGCCGGGGCCCUACUGCGUCGUCGUCGAGUCCUACGUCGUCGACGUCCCCGAGGGCAACACCGAGGAGGACACGCGCUUGUUCACCGACACCGUCGUCAAGCUCAACCUCCAGAAGCUCGCCGCCAUCGCCACCUCCUCGUCGCCGCGGCCUUCCGGCAGCCCGGAUCACUGAUCCACCCCGUUAUUGUCUUCUUCAUGGUGUACCACACAUGCCUGCAUGGUGCCAUGGUGAUAUUUCUUGUUUUCAUUCUCGUUUCUUUUACAACAAAAAAGAAGAAGAGAAAAUGCUGUCAAUUUGUUAUAAACCAUAAAUCGAUUAAAGAAGCAUUCUUCUUUUCUCUUUUUGUUCAGCUUA